AUGCUGUCUGGGAAGGUCCAAGAGAUUUACAGGACAUCGGUUAUCCAAAAUUCGCUACAACCAAUAUGGAAAGAGGCCUUUCAAUCAUCUUUCUCUGAACAAGAUCAGCCCUUGCUGCUCCUGUUCGACCUAUGGGAUGAAGAUGAUCCCAACAAACGACUGGAGGAAGGUGGGGCGCAGCACCUGGGAUCCUGUGCCGUGCCGCUGCUAAGUGCCGUCGAGCCAGCACCACGGAAGAGACGGCUCUGGCUCCAGGGUGUCAGCCAGCGUCAUGAGACUCGGUUAAACCAGAAUGGCGUUCCUAAAAACGCAGGGGGCAAAAUGACUCCAGGUGCCAAAUUGUCACGCCAGAGGUCUAGCCAUGGAUUGUCGUUGAAGGAAGACAGGAAAAAGACGUUCAACAUCGGAAAGGGCUCUGCGCCCAUCAAAUCUCUCUUUGAGAGGCUCAUGGAUGCAGCAGUGGAGUUCAAGAACCAAAUGACCGAGAAAGCUAUUGCCGCAAAGAAGUCAGUAUUGACCAUAGAGCUCAGAACGUACACAAAAACAACGAAGAUGCCAUAUGCGCAGUUGUUUCAGAAGCCCUUGUUCAUUCACGACGCUUGGUCCUCAGAGAAGUGCCUGGAAUUGCCAGAUUGGACCAGGUCUUCUUACACCUUCCCCAAGAAGUUGCAGUCUGAGCCGGAGCGUGGAUCCUUAACAGCCGAGGACCACAUAUCAUUUGUUUACGGAACUGUAGUGGGUGCUAGCUUCCUGCCUUCUUCACAUUCACAGCCACCAGAAGCAUACUGCAUGGUCCAUGCCGUUAGCACGCAUGGAGCACGUCAUUUUGUCCAUCGCACGCGGACCAUCAAGCUGAUGAUCUGCCCUCAGUGGUCUGAAGCUUUCUAUGCGGCCAUCCCGGAGGACUUUGAUUGUGCCAGGCUUCAGGUGAGCGUCUAUGGAGCCACCGCAACAAAUUUGAUGACGAAGGCGCUCAGCACAGGACCUGAGGGGCUCCUGUCAGAGGGCUCUAACCAUGAGGAUGACUGGUUCAUUGGUCGGGCGCACAUAGACCUCACCACUGCUGUCAGUGGUUCCAUCAUAGCAGAAGAAGCACCCAUCCAGGGCGGGACUGCGUCAAAGCAGGAGAGAGUUACUACAGGUUUCCGAAUCCAGCCGUCUGUGGCUUUUGAGGUGAUGGUCGAAAGGCGGCUCCGCCCACGCUUUGAUGUGCACUCGGGGGACGGUGUGAAGAUGAUCCCAAGGCGGCAUCAUCAGCUGACACGGACCACAGAUCCGAUCCAGAGCAGCUUGCCUAUCAUCGACAACGGGCAGCAGUUGAUGCUUUCAGUGGAGGCAAUGCACAUGGAGAAGGCAGCAAAGGAGGCCUUGGAACUUUCAACGACUGGAGCGCUUGCAUUUCGAAGGGGUCCCAAGCAUGACUGGAGCAAGUAUCCCACAAAGGACCAGGAGGAGGACGAGGACAUCUUCGCCGAGAAGCCCUUGGAGGAACUCCUCAAGGAGGGUGGUGACCGGGUCGACCUGUCUUUGCUGGAGGUUUCAAAGAAGCCUGAUGAUGGACAGGCCAGGGUGGUGGACUUCAGCAAGCGAGAGCUACGGCGACAGGCACGUAGUUUACCAGACGGACGCUUCAGACACAUGAAUUUGCUGGUGCUGAAGGCAGCUCAGCCGCGCUUCAGCCGUCGCACUGAGCAUGCAGCAGCGGAUAUCUCCAGGUCGCUUCGAGAAAAGCCCAUGUUCAGCAAACUGCACUGUCCAAUGUUCUGCAACAACCUUACGGGCGAGAGGAAUGAGUUUCACUCCACUCUGCCGGAGGGUGACGACGGAGGAUUCCACGAGUUCAUGGCGUCAGUGGAUGCCCUGGUCAUGGGCAGGAAGACCUUUGAAUCAGUGAGGGACAUGGAGGGUGGGCCAUGGCCCUACGGUGACACGCCAGUGUGGGUCCUGACAGCAGCAGGCGUGGAAGUGCCAGAGCGCUUAAAGGGAAAGGUGAAAUUGACGAAGGGCUCACCGCAGGAGAUCCUCACAGAGCUGGCUGCCAGCGGGGCCAAGGAUGUCUAUGUUGAUGGGGGCGAGACCAUCCGCGGAUUUCUGGCCGCAGGCCUCCUCACCAGGAUCAUUAUCAGCAAAGUGCCCAUUACUCUCGGAGAGGGGCGACCUCUCUUUACUGAGGAGCAGAAUCCGACAGCGCGGGACCCGGGACCCGAUGGAAUGGCAUUGCCAGCAUGGCUCACGGCAGAUGCCAAGCUGGUUUAUGUUUCCAGAUCAUCUGGCAAGGAAAUGGAUGUGGUCGUCAAACACAUCUCCAUGUCAAAGAAGACUGUAUUUAUUGUUUUCGCCCGUGAUGGCAAGUCUGAGAUGCAAGUCCCAUUCGAUCAAAUUAUGGGAAAGAGCAAUCCUCUGAAGCUGCCAGAUGUUGCAGCUGUUGAGGAUGAAAACGACAAGUUCUUUGAUGAUAUGGAAGGUUCGUGGUUUCAUAAGACCCAGAACCUUGAUCCUAAGGUGGCCUUGGGUGCAGACAAGAACAAGUUCGCGUUUCAAGGGCCAGCUGCCCCACCAAUGAUGGAAGUGCUCAGUAGCCCUGAGGUGGAGGAGCCCAGCACCGAGCGGAGGAAGGAAAAGAAACAGAAGGCUGAAGCCGGAAAGAGCAGCAAGAAAAAGGUCUCAAAGAGUGACCAAGACCUUGCAGAAAAAAAUGACGGCAAGCGAAAGCAGAAGCAGGACGCUAAGGAGCCCAAGAAAGCCAAAAAGAGCAAAGUGAGCUGAAGAGUGAAGAGCCUUAGUUCAGAAAUCCUACGCGCCAGCUCUAGAGAACAGUGAAGACAUCGGUAGUAGAACCUCGUCCUGACAUCAAAGCCAUCAAAGCUCAG